AUGAGGGCCAAUCUCCUCCUCGUCGCUGCUGUCGUCUGCACCGUUGCCACCACACCCACCACGGCAAUCCUAGCUGGUGAAUGGGCACCCAUUACCGAUAUCAACGCCCCCUUUAUCCAGGAGCUCGGUGGGUGGGCGGUGGCAGAGCACGUCAAGGAAGCCAACGACGGGCUCAAGUUCAGCAAGGUUGUGAGCGGCGAUCAACAGGUUGUGUCUGGAAUGAAGUACCGGCUCGUCAUCGACGCAUUGAGCCGGGAUGGUAGAGGCACCAGCUUCAAGGCUCUUGUGUACGACCAGGAGUGGAGCAAAACACGCAGGCUCCUCUCCUUCGACCCUGCCAACUGAUCGAUCAGCGAGGACAGGCAGGAAUAUUUCAUUUUAAGUUAUUCGAUCGCCUCCUUCCGAUGUAAUAAGAAGCAAUAACGCCACCAAUCUUUCAAC